UGCUAACUGCUAUGCUUACUCACUGCUAAAAUAAAGCCAAUAUGGACGAUGGGAAGAGGAUUUCAGCUUAUGCCGCAUUCAAGGCCAAGCAGAAUGCAACACCAAAGACUGAGCAUCAUGGGAAGGUUGAGAAGCCAGAGACAUCUACUCCAUUUGUUGGUCUCAUCAAGCAGGGACGAGGUAAGCUGAAGAAGAUCAGAGAGUCUGCUCGAUCUAAGAAGACCAAGAAAGCUGUCAAGAGAUCAGAGGGCAUGGCAAGGAGGUUGCAGACAGAAGAUAUGGAUAUCGAUGACAAACCAGGUUCUUCUAAGUCAUCAAGUCGAACACAGCCUACAAAAACGGAAGCAGAUCCCAAGCCCAGAGAAAGUAGUCGGAAAAAACGUAAAUCACCAUAUACUACAACCCCAGAAAUGGGGAGGAGAAAGAAUAUCACACCACCCUUGCAGCCAACAGAACCAACCGCAAAACGUCUCAAGUUUAAUGACAAUGGGAAAGAUAGCACCAUAGCUGGGUCAUCAUCCAGUGUACCCGACAACCCAUUGAAGAGAGAUAGUCUACAGCAUGGUAAAGAUGUCUUUGCAUGGCUCAUAUCACCAUUCAAGGUUGAGGAUUAUUUCAAAAACAUAUUUGAAAGGAAACCUCUGUUCUUGAAGCGACAUAAUAAGAACUAUUUCACAGAUAUUUUCAGCUCAGAAGAACUCAGUGAUAUUCUAAAAGAGAAUGAUUUGCAGUUUACUCGUAAUAUUGAUGUGACCACAUACACUAAUGGAAAGCGAGAGACGCAUAACCCAACUGGCAGAGCACAACCUCAAGUAGUGUGGGACUACUAUAGAAAUGGUUGUUCAGUAAGAAUCCUCAAUCCUCAAACAUAUUCCACCAGAGUGUGUCAACUAUUAGCAGCUCUACAGGAGUUCUUUGGAUGUUUUGUGGGUGCUAAUAUUUACCUAACUCCUCCAGGUUCCCAGGGAUUUGCACCACACUAUGAUGACAUUGAGGCAUUUGUUCUUCAACUAGAAGGCAAGAAACAUUGGAAGUUAUAUAACCAGAGAUCACCAUCUGAAGUGCUCCCAAGGUUCUCAAGUUCAAACUUCACUGAUGCAGAUAUUGGAGAGCCAAUCUUAAACACAACUCUUGAAGCAGGUGAUCUUCUUUACUUCCCUAGAGGUGUCAUCCAUCAGGCAAGCACUCCAUCUGAGACCCACUCCCUUCACAUAACAAUAUCAGCAUGUCAGAAGAAUACAUGGGGUGAUCUAAUGGAACAUGUUCUUACAAGAGCACUUCAUGUUGUAAGAGAGGAGAAUAUUGAGUUCAGGAAAUCUUUACCUACAGAUUACCUCAAUUAUAUGGGUGUGGCUCAUCAAGAUCUGGAUGAUGACAGGAGACAACCAUUCAUGAAGAAGAUUGGUGACCUAUUUUCAAAGCUCCUAAAAUCUUCUCCAGUAGAUGCUGCUGUUGAUCAGAUGUCUUUAGAAUUCUUCCACACCAGUCUUCCACCUGUUCUUGAAGAAGCUGAGGAAUCCUGCUGUGUCUUUGGUGAAAACGCAUCCUGCAAGAAUGGUCAAGUAUCGGGUUUAGUUGAGCUAAGUGAAGAUACCCAGAUAAGGCUACUGAGAAGGAACAUCCUUAGACUAGUCCCUGAAGAUGACAAAGUCCUAGUCUACCAUUCAGUAGAGAACUCCAGGGUUUAUAAAGAAAAGGAGCUUCAGUUCAUUGAAAUACCUCCAGAAUUUGCACCUGCAGUAGAACAUCUUAUUCACAGUUAUCCUGACUAUAUCCCUGUGAGCACUCUGGGUGACCAGCUCGAAGACACUAAUGGAGAGAAUGCUGAUCCUGUGGACCUUGCACAGACUCUGUAUGAAAAUGGCUUAUUGAUGACCAGAUCCAAGUUGGAACCGUCCAUGUCAUUACCUUCAGAUAGACACAAAGAUGUAACUAUUUGUCAAACAAGGUAGUUAGAGAUAUAAUGAUUAAUUAAUUGAUAAACACAAAGUAUUUCUUUUUUGUAUUAUAUGUCCAUGGCUCUCUUGGAUGUGGUACUGCAAAUUAUAAGCUGUAGAUUUACAAUACAACAGAGUUUAGAUUUAGUGAAUAUCCACUUGCAUUUUUUCCCUUCUUGCCAGAGUUAAGCAAGUUUUCUUGUUGCAUACUUUCUUCGGUAGAGUUUUGUGGAGUCUGCAUUCAUAAUUCUAGUCAUCAUUUUAUACUUGGAUCCGGUUUUACAUAUAUAGAAAGAAUAAUAUGAAGUGACUGAUGAAGUGAACUAAGAAAACAGGAUCUUUGAUGUCCUUGUACUUUGUGAUUUUGGGCCGACCCUCAUUUUACACUUUUGAACCAGGAAGUUUGGAAAGCUAUGCAAUUCAGAUCAUUUCAAGGAACUGAUGUUCUAUUCAAAAUCAAGCAUAAGUUUGAAAAAAAAGUCAAUCAUAAUGGGGGAUGCUAGAAAUAAAAGUUGAAAUUGAUAUCAGUUACAAAUUUACAUUGAAUCAUAUGACAAGUGCUUGACUUUGGAACCUGAUUUGACAUUGACUAUUUUUUUUGCUAUUCCCACAAGAAUGUAUUCAAGCAAUUUUCACAGAAGAAUCAUCGUUUACAAACUUGGUAAGAUGUAUAUGUAUUUAUGUGAAUUGUCAAUUGAAAUUUGAAAUGUGUUUCUCUGCCAGAAUCAUGAUUCCCAGAAUUGUUUCAAGGCAACAGAGUUGUGAUGUCACAGUUUUAUUUGAACACACUCUUCUAAUUUGAGCCAUGUUUGAUCAUUAUUCACAAAUUCAAAGAGUGUUAGAAUUCAACCAGGAUAUAACCAAAUAUACUGUGGAAAUGCUGUUUUGGAGAAAAAGCUUUCCAAAGCACGAAAUGUAUCAUGAAUGUGUUUUUGUUUCCAAGUUCAUUAUUUGUAUGAACACGGAUAGAUAUGAUAAAGGAAGUCAAGAAAUGCCAACAACUGUACUUUUGUUUUUAUUUACAGGAAGAGAAGGAAGUGUUGAUUAUACAAAUUGUAAUUGAUUGUGGAAUUAUACAACUAAUAAAUUAAAUUUUACAGUA